CUCUCCCUUCGUCACGGGAAGCCCGGGCGCAUUCGAGCUGCGGCUCAUCCAGACUCUGAGGAGCCGAGGCGGCUGUUUGCAUCUUCUGGGUCUUUCCACUAGAGUCUGAACCUCUUCUUCCAAAAUCCACGUCUUUGGGGACGUUCCGAGGAAAAGCCCGAGGUCGCGAUGGAUCUUGAAGAAGAGCACAAUGUAAGGGCAAGGAAGAAGAACUUUUUGAAAAGAGACAAAAAAAGUAAAAAAGAUGAAAAGAAAGAAAAGAAACCAACUGUCAGUACUUUUGCAAUGUUUCGCUAUUCGAAUUGGCUGGAUAGAUUGUACAUGGUGCUGGGGACGACGGCCGCCAUCAUCCACGGAGCUGCACUCCCCCUCAUGAUGCUGGUUUUUGGAGACAUGACGGAUAGCUUUGCAAAUGUAGGAAAUUUUGGAAACAUGACUGCUUCAAACGUAACUAAUGAAAGUUAUAUGAACAGUACAAAUUUUGGCAGCACUCUGGAGAAGGAUAUGACCACGUACGCCUACUAUUACAGCGGAAUCGGUGCUGGGGUGCUCAUUGCUGCUUACAUCCAGGUUUCAUUCUGGUGCCUGGCAGCUGGAAGACAAAUACACAAAAUUCGAAAACAGUUUUUUCAUGCUAUCAUGCGACAGGAGAUCGGCUGGUUUGAUGUGCAUGAUGUUGGAGAGCUUAACACCCGACUCACAGAUGAUGUCUCCAAAAUUAAUGAAGGCAUUGGUGACAAAAUUGGAAUGUUCUUUCAGUCAAUGGCAACGUUCUUCACUGGUUUUAUAGUAGGAUUUACCCGUGGUUGGAAGUUAACCCUUGUGAUUUUGGCCAUCAGUCCUGUUCUUGGUCUAUCAGCAGCUGUCUGGGCAAAGAUAUUGUCUUCAUUUACUGAUAAAGAACUCUUGGCAUACGCAAAAGCUGGAGCAGUAGCUGAAGAGGUCUUAGCGGCAGUUAGAACUGUGAUUGCAUUUGGAGGACAAAAGAAAGAACUUGAAAGGUACAACAAAAAUUUAGAAGAAGCUAAAAGAAUUGGAAUAAAGAAAGCUAUUACAGCCAACAUUUCUAUAGGUGUUGCCUUCCUGCUGAUCUAUGCAUCCUAUGCUCUGGCAUUCUGGUAUGGGACCUCCUUGGUCCUCGCAAAUGAAUAUUCUAUUGGACAAGUACUCACUGUCUUCUUUUCUGUAUUAAUUGGGGCUUUUAGUGUUGGACAGGCAUCUCCCAGCAUUGAAGCAUUUGCAAACGCAAGAGGCGCGGCUUACGAAAUCUUCAAGAUAAUUGAUAACAAACCAAGCAUUGACAGCUAUUCGAAUAAUGGGCACAAACCAGACAACAUUAAGGGAAAUUUAGAAUUCAGAAAUGUACACUUCAGUUACCCAUCUCGACGUGAAGUUAAGAUCUUGAAGGGCCUCAGCUUGCAGGUUCAGAGCGGGCAGACGGUGGCCCUGGUUGGGAACAGCGGCUGUGGAAAAAGCACCACGGUCCAGCUGAUGCAGAGGCUCUAUGACCCCACGGAGGGCGUGGUCAGUAUUGAUGGACAGGACAUUAGGACCAUCAAUGUAAGGUAUCUGCGGGAAAUUAUUGGUGUGGUGAGUCAGGAACCUGUAUUGUUUGCCACGACGAUAGCUGAGAACAUUCGCUAUGGCCGUGAAAAUGUCACCAUGGAUGAGAUUAAGAAAGCCGUCAAGGAAGCCAACGCCUAUGACUUUAUCAUGAAACUGCCUAAUAAAUUUGACACCCUGGUUGGAGAGAGAGGGGCCCAGCUGAGCGGUGGACAGAAACAGAGAAUCGCCAUCGCUCGGGCCCUGGUUCGCAACCCCAGGAUCCUCCUGCUGGAUGAGGCCACAUCGGCACUGGACACUGAGAGUGAAGCGGUGGUUCAGGUGGCUCUGGAUAAGGCCAGAGAAGGUCGGACCACCAUUGUGAUAGCACAUCGUUUGUCCACAGUCCGGAAUGCUGACGUCAUCGCUGGUUUUGAUGAUGGAGUCAUUGUGGAGCAAGGAAAUCACUACCAGCUAAUGAAGGAGAAGGGCAUUUACUUCAAACUCGUCACAAUGCAGACAAGAGGAAAUGAAAUUGAAUUAGAAAAUUCAGCUGAUGGAUCCAAAAGUGAAAUGGAUGCCCUGGACACAUCUCCAAAAGAUUUAGGAUCCUGUCUAAUAAGAAGAAAAUCAACUCGCAAGAGUAUCCAUGGACCACAAGGCCAAGACAGAAAGCUCAGUACAGAAGAGGCCUUGGAUGACAGUGUACCUCCAGUUUCCUUUUGGAGGAUUCUGAAGCUAAAUGUAACUGAAUGGCCUUAUUUUGUGGUUGGUAUAUUUUGUGCCAUUAUAAAUGGAGGCCUGCAACCAGCAUUUUCAGUAAUAUUUUCAAGGAUUAUAGGGGUUUUUGCCAGAGACGACGAUCCUCAGACAAAACAACACAACAGUAACAUGUUUUCGCUAUUGUUUCUUAUCCUUGGAAUUAUCUCUUUUAUUACAUUUUUCCUUCAGGGCUACACGUUUGGCAAAGCCGGAGAGAUCCUUACCAAGCGGCUCCGAUACAUGGUUUUCAGGUCCAUGUUGAGACAGGAUGUGAGCUGGUUCGAUGACCCUAAAAACACCACGGGAGCAUUGACGACCAGGCUUGCGAAUGACGCCGCUCAAGUUAAAGGGGCUAUAGGUUCCAGACUUGCUGUAAUUACCCAGAAUGUCGCAAAUCUUGGGACAGGCAUUAUUAUAUCCUUAAUCUAUGGCUGGCAGUUAACACUUUUACUCUUAGCAAUUGUGCCCAUCAUUGCAAUAGCAGGAGUUAUUGAAAUGAAAAUGCUAUCUGGACAAGCACUGAAAGAUAAAAAAGAACUAGAAGGUGCCGGGAAGAUUGCAACGGAAGCAAUAGAAAACUUCCGAACAGUUGUUUCCUUGACUCGAGAGGAGAAGUUUGAAUAUAUGUAUGCCCAGAAUCUGCAGGUACCAUACAGAAACUCUCUGAGGAAGGCGCACAUCUUUGGAAUCACGUUCUCCCUCACCCAGGCAAUGAUGUAUUUCUCUUACGCUGGCUGUUUCCGGUUUGGCGCCUACUUGGUGGCGCAUGGCCUCAUGGACUUUCAGGAUGUUCUGUUAGUGUUCUCAGCUAUCGUCUUUGGAGCCAUGGCUGUAGGGCAGGUCAGUUCAUUUGCUCCUGACUAUGCCAAGGCCAAAAUUUCAGCAUCCCACAUCAUCAUGAUCAUUGAAAAAGUCCCUCUGAUCGACAGCUAUAGCACGGAAGGCCUGAAGCCGAUUACAAUGGAAGGAAAUGUGACAUUUAAUGAAGUCAAGUUCAACUAUCCCACGCGACCAGACAUCCCUGUGCUUCAGGGACUGAGCCUCGAGGUGAAGAAAGGCCAGACCCUGGCCUUGGUGGGCAGCAGCGGCUGUGGGAAGAGCACGGUGGUCCAGCUCCUGGAGCGGUUCUACGACCCCUUGGCUGGGAAAGUGCUAAUUGACGGCCAGGAAAUAAAGCAUCUGAAUGUCCAGUGGCUCCGGGCACACAUGGGCAUCGUGUCCCAGGAGCCCAUCCUGUUCGACUGCAGCAUCGGCGAGAACAUUGCCUACGGAGACAACAGCCGGGUCGUGUCGCAGGAGGAGAUCGUGCGGGCAGCCAAGGAGGCCAACAUACACCCCUUCAUCGAGGGGCUGCCUAAUAAAUAUAACACCAGAGUAGGAGACAAAGGAACUCAGCUCUCUGGUGGCCAGAAACAGCGCAUUGCAAUAGCUCGUGCCCUUGUUAGACAGCCUAAUGUUUUGCUUUUGGAUGAAGCUACAUCAGCUCUGGAUACAGAAAGUGAAAAGGUUGUCCAAGAAGCCCUGGACAAAGCCAGGGAAGGCCGCACCUGCAUCGUGAUUGCUCACCGCCUGUCCACCAUCCAGAACGCAGAUGUGAUCGUGGUGAUUCAGAACGGCAGAGUCAUGGAGCAUGGCACGCAUCAGCAGCUGCUGGCGCAGAAAGGCAUCUAUCAUUCCAUGGUCAGUGUCCAGGCCGGAGCAAAGCGCUAGUGAACUGUGACCAUAUGAGCUGUUAAAUAUUGUCUAAUAUAUAUAUUAAACUAUGGCAUUUAAUCAAAUAUAAAAAGCAAGCACUUACUGGAAAAAUUGUGUAGAGUUACCUGAUUAACAUUUCCUGCCACAACUGAAGAUCAUUCCACCGAGUUCAGAGUCUUGAAAGACUUUAUACUAAAAGGAACAGAAAGAAACACCAUCAAAUGGAAUAAAAUAAUGGUGUUAAUUGCCUUUUAAAAUUUAUAGGGUAAUUUGGAGCAGAUUUUGUUAAUAAAGUGUAUAAUUUUUGUUUAUAUUUUCUUCUUUGGACUGUAACUGACUAUCUUGCUGAAAGAUUAUAGAAGUAGCAGAAAAUACUGAGUGUUUGCAUCAAGUGCCUAUAAUAAAACUAAGUUUUUAUAUGGCUGCAGUCAUCUUGUCUAAAAUGCCUGUAAUAUAUCAUCUCCUAGUUGGACUAUCGAAGAUCAUUUCCGCACUUUAAGAAAAAAAGACUUCUUUAAAAACUCCCAUCAAUUUUUGUGGGAAUGAUUAAAGAGUGUAAUAAUUCCUA